AUGGAAAAUUCAAGUUCAACCCAAGACUUCCAAGGAGAGCCAGAAACUUCAGUUGAUGAUUUUGUUCCAUACUUUGAUUCAGUGUUUGAAAGGUUUAUAGGAGAUUUUGGAUGGACUCAAUUAGUUCAGUCAACCGUUGUGUUGUUGUCUCGGUUCUUUGAUGCCCAACAAACCUUCAUUAGUGUCUACACUGAUGCUGAACCAACAUGGCAUUGUACUAAUCACACUGCUACAUGCAAUUCAAGCUCCUGCGAGGUCUCCAACACAAUAAUUUCAGAUUGGGGUCUCCAAUGUGCAAGCUCCUUUGUCAGGGGCUUACCUGCAUCAUCGUUCUUCAUGGGUUGUCUCCUUGGAGGUUUUGUUCUAGCUACAAUAGCCGAUUCUUCUCUUGGCCGCAAGAACCUGCUUCUACUUUCUUGUCUCACAAUGUCUAUGGCUGCACUUGUGACAAUUUUCUCUCCUAAUGUAUGGAUCUAUUCUUUCUUGAGAUUUGUAAGUGGGUUUGGCCGUGCAUCAAUUGGAGCAAGUGCUCUUGUGUUAUCCACUGAAAAGGUAGGAAGCCAAUGGCGUGGCCAAAUGGGAACUAUUGCUGGCGUUUCUUUUGCAUUGGGGCUAUUGUCCUUGCCAGGUAUAGCUUAUGUAAACAGAAAUUUCUCAUGGAGAAGUAUCUAUGUAUGGACCUCAAUUCCAGCAAUUUUUUAUUGCUUAUUAGUUCAUCUUCUUGUUCUUGAAUCGCCCAGAUGGCUUUUCUUGCAUGAACGCAGAGAAGAAGCUAUGGCCACAUUAAAAACACUGGUAUCAAGAAAACAUGAUAGCUUGGACUUAAGCUUCCCUUGCAUUCAUAUCAAUAAAGAAACGGCAAAGCCUACUCUUUACUCAUCAAUUACUACCUUAUUUGAGAGAAAAUGGGCACUUCGAAGGUUGCUGAUAGUGAUGCUUACUGGUUUUGGCAUUGGAAUGGUGUAUUACAGCAUGCCAUUGGCAGUAGGGAACUUGGGUUUUAACAUCUACUUGAGUAUUGUCUUCAAUGCAUUAUCUGAAAUACCAUCAUAUAUUAUCUUUUCCUUUAUAAUAAGCAAAUGGAAGAGGAAAGGAUCGCUACUUGCAUUUACUACACUAAGUGGAAUCUGCAGUAUAAUGUGUAUCAUGAAUUGGAAGGAAAUAAAUCUUGGAUUAGAACUGGUGUCUUACUGUAGUGCCUGUGUUGCUUUUAUCAUGCUAAUGAUUUACACAUUGGAGCUCUUUCCUACUUGUGUGAGGAACACUGCGUUAUCAAUGGUAAGGCAAGCACUUGUCUGUGGAGCUGUGUUCAGUCCAAUUCUGAUUUCUGCUGGGAGAACAAAUAAGAUGUUUUCAUAUGGAAUAUUUGGCAUGGUGAUCUUGAGCUGUAGUGUGUUUGUUGUAUUUUUGCCCGAGACAAGGAAUGUGACCCUUUGUGACACCAUUGAUGAGCAAGAGAACAAAGAACGUCAUGUGCCUAAUUAA